CUUUGGAUUCCACUUGUCCUGACUAGCCGGGUUGCCCCUGUGGGCAUGGACCCUCAAAAGGCUCGGAGGCUCUUGCCCUAGCGUCAUCAGUGUUUUAGCAACCCGGCAAGCACGGUUCACUCACCCAUGAUCGCCUAUGUGAACUCACAACCCCAGACACACCCCCACAACUGUCCACCAUGUCCACUGUACCUUGCUGCCGCCUGCACUUCAACAGCCUUGAUUUGUACCUGCUACUAACUCAACGCUCCGAUCUCAUCACCCUCGUUCUCGACUCCUCCACACAAAGACCAAUUAUUCCCUCUGCCGAUUCCCAAGAUACCUAUUUUCGUUGGCUACACGGCCUCUUUUCUUCGUCACUUGACGAUAUCCUCUCAUUUCCAUUGUUCCGGUCACGAUCGACCCCCAAACGCCAGUCCUUUCUAGCAUCCCAAACCACACAGCCAGCAACGUGCAUCCAUUCCUCCUACACUUACACCAUUCCUAAUUGGCAACUGAUAGCCGCCUGCCUCUGAGCCGAUCAGAGACGUUCACUCUUCGGGUUGAUCCCAAUCCUUCCCCGCGAUCUCAAGGACAAUUUCCGAGCAGCUGGACCGGGCGCCUGUUGGCUGGUGGCAUUGCUGGAUCAUCAAUUGAUACCCCAGCACACCCACCUCAGUUAUACUUACCACUGCCUAGAGGUCGACAAGCUAUACCAACUGUUCAGUUUCUGUCAGGGACCAGAGGCUACAGAGUACAGGUUACCUUUCCUGCUGUCAUCAUCUGCAUCCUGCAAUUCGAUAUUGCUCCCGCCAGCCUGUACCCGCUGGUACCUGAACAUCAUCAUCUGGACCUGCGUCGUGGGGUCCAGUAACAAAGACCAAAGACGGACAAUACCAUUGUGCGAAAACCUCGAAAGUCAGAUCACAGGCCGUCACAUGCCAAGCUGCCGCUAAAUCAGCAACAUCAGGUCGGUGGUUAGCAUUUUAAUAACGGCCAUCGUCCAGUCCCACAGCCUCCUACCUCUACGACCCAGUUCCCACGGACGGAGCAUCGGACCCGACUCCACUGAGAAGUUGCAGGAGGAGCUUUUGGGCCCACGAACAAGGCGCGGAGAUCUCGCUGUUUCUGCCCAGGCCGACCGGCCCAACAAGACCAGCCAGGCUCAGCACCUGCAAACUAAGCACAGCCAGACCCGUGAGGAGCGCUGCUGGCGGUGCAAGAAAAAAAAAUUACAAGUGUGGGAAGUGGUCGAAGCGGUGCCAUCCUGCCGCUGACUCGACCAGCCAAGAGCAAGUACCCCUGCUGCCACCCUGCUCCCACCCGCUACUGGUGCCCCAGGUCGCAGACAGUGGACUGUCCAAUCUGCCGCCCACUUAUACAAGACAACAGGCCUGGCCACGCACGCUCAACCCCUCUGCAUGUUUCGCUGUUAAUCUCGAGUCGUCCCGAUACACCACCUCCCAUUUUUCCAUUGCUUCGGGUCCGCGUGGGCCAAAAGUUAUUUCAAGAUUCUCGCGACUUGUUUUCUAGAAGGGCUUCCAAGUGUUCCUUUGUCUGUGUUCGCAUCUCCCGCUGCUCUUUGAGCCCGGCAUCGACCCGAUUGUACGCACCUUAAUCAACACCUCAACAUGUCGCUAAAACAGGAAAUAGAGACCUGGGUCUCUGCCCUGGCGCAGUAUGACAACAGCGAGUUCGAUGCUGCAUUGCAGGAGUUCGAAAAGAUUGCCGACACCUCCAAGAUCCUCUUCAAUAUGGGCGUUAUUCAUGCGACAUUGGGUCAACACGAGCAAGCUGUCGAGUGCUAUCAACGAGCGAUCCGGCUUGAUCAGUACCUAGCUGUCGCAUACUUUCAACAGGGUGUUUCCAACUUCUUGCUUGGCGACUUCGAGGAGGCAUUAGCCAAUUUCAACGACACACUUCUAUAUCUUCGAGGCAACCAAGUCAUCGACUAUGCGCAGCUGGGCCUUCUCUUCAAGCUUUAUUCAUGCGAAGUCCUCUUCAACCGUGGUCUUUGCUACAUCUACCUUCAACAAAUCGAAGCUGGUAUGCAGGAUUUGUCGUAUGCGGCCAAGGAGAAGGUGGUUGAGGACCAUAAUGUGAUCGAUGAAGCGAUCAAGGAGAACGCAGAGGGCUACACCGUUUUCUCUAUCCCAGUGGGCGUCGUCUACCGACCAAACGAAGCGAAAGUGCGAAACCUAAAGACCAAGGACUAUCUUGGCAAAGCCCGCCUAGUGGCAACAUCAGAUGCGAACAAUGCAUUCACUGGUUUUGCCGGUGCUGAAAUCAAAAAUGCUGGGAAGCUUGAGGUGAAGGAUGAUAGGCCAGUCGAGUCGCUGUCUUUCGCCGCUACCAACCUCGUCAAGCCUGGGCUACAGAGCAGAAGGCAACAGUCGGAGCCCCCGACCAACCGCAGCAUGUUCCCGCCGACACCGCCCCCCGAGAAUGAAAAGUCGCAGAUGAGCCGCGGGGCUUCUGUCCGAAACGGACCUAAACCCAUGCCGGCUAGGCUUAACCUCGAUAAAGUCCGACCGAGUGAUCGCUACGAAAAGACGUCACCAGAAGAGCCCUCUAGGCGGCCUUCUCGCGCAGCAUCGGCCACCCCAUCGCGAGGUUUCUCCCAACGCGAACAGCCCCCGCCGCCAAGAAUGAGACGGUCUCAACAGGAGGAGGAGGACAGCUACCCGAGCGAAUUAUACGAUAUGUACGGCGGCCCCGGCCCCAACCGAAACAGCCGUGGACAGAGGAGCAACCGAAGCGCCCCGCGAUACAUCCAGGAAGAAGACGAUGAGAGCGACUACGACGUUUCCUUCGAUGAGGCUGAAUUUGAGAUGGUAUCUGGUCGUAGGCCCAGUCUCAGCACGGUUCGAAGCUCCGGAGGACGCGGUUCUUCUAGGCGGCCUGAACUUCGCAGCAUCCGUGUUAAGGUGCAUGCUGGCGAUGUUCGCUACAUCAUGGUCGGAACUGCCAUCGAGUUCCCCGACUUUGAGGAGAAGAUCAGGAGCAAGUUUGGGAUUCGCCGCCGCAUCAAGAUCAAAAUCAAGGAUGACGACUCGCCAGAUGGUGAUAUGAUCACGGUGGGCGACCAAGACGAUCUUGACAUGCUCAUUCAGACAGUCAAGCAAAAUGCAAGGAAACAAAGAUUGGAGACCGGGAAGAUGGAGGUCUGGGUCCAGGAGAUAUAGAACCAAUUCGCCAUAUCGGUUUUGCUACGCUCACCAAUUAUACCCUCAGACCGAUAACGACGGAUUGAUGCAUGAACUUAACGAUGUUGUCCUCUUCUUUUCUUGUUCUGUUCUUCGGGAUUUACUUUCGAGUUCAAGUCCUCAUUCGAGUAUUUCGUAUGGGCCCUGUCGACAGACCUGUACUUUUGGCAUGAGAGGCUGUGCCCUCUAUGCUUUGUAUCGCAAUACCCCUUUGGCAUAUCAGACUAUUUUGUUUCUAUUUUUGCAUGGCAUAUUUGGAUAUAUAAGGUGAAGGUGUUGGGCACCAAGGAACAAAAAGAUCCUAAUAUGUUGUAGCCUUGAAAACAUUUACUUGUCUCUCAGGUCUUUCUUAAAAUCCUCCUGCUGACAUCCCAUAUCGAUAUCACCCCCUUACUAUGUUUUAUACCUCUUGUUUUUCCCCAUUCUUGAAUUUGAGACGUGAAGGUUUUUGGAGUCGGGUCAAGCAAGGUGUAUAAGAAUGAUGAUUUUCAAAGAAAACAAAGUUGGAUAAUCGCGUGAGCACGAUUCAGUUUAUCAUCAUACCGUUCACAAUGUUGAGGCGGGUGAUGGAUGGAGGAGUCAUGACGGACUGACGAGUUUCAGAAGGAAAUGUUAGUGUAACAAGGAACCCCACUGUAACACCCCACUCCUUGGAAGCUUGGAAUGACAGAGCUUCACUUUUUUGAGUGACUUUCGUGC